AGCACAGCACAGCAGGGCGAGUGUGCGCGCUCCCGCGGCCCUCGUCAUAGACAACAAAGCCAAACGUCUUCCAUAACACUUCUUUAAGCUAGCAACAUCGCGCUAGUAUGGAUCUAUUGUGGCUGUAGCGGCGCUGGACAUCGAGCCUCGUCGGCGGCCAGGGACGACAGGACUUUAAAAUCAGCAGAAAUAAGCGCGGACUUUUUUGUCUUUUUUUUUUACUCCCGGCGUUGCUUUGUCUCAUCACCGCCGCUUCAAGUGCACCGCAUUCGGCUUCGUGUGGCUCCUGCCGUCCGCCGUCAGGAUGCAUCACAUCCCCGUGUUGGCACCGACAAGUAGCCGCUGAAAGGGCCUGAGAGCAUCCCGCACCCCAGCGGCUCGUCACGGAGCCCGGAGUCCGUGUCAGAGGCCACCGUUGUCGGCGACAUGGCGGAGCAAGGCUACUCCUCCUGGGCCUACUCUUUAGUGGACUCCAGCCAAGUGUCCACCUUCCUUAUCUCCAUCCUUCUCAUCGUCUAUGGCAGCUUCAGGUCAUUAAACAUGGACUGUGAGAACCAAGAGAAGGACAAAGAUGGCAACCCCACAGCGGGCUCCUUCAACGGCAACAACACAAACAGCAGUAUUCAGACCAUAGACUCCACGCAGGCGCUCUUUCUCCCCAUAGGAGCCUCCGUGUCCCUGCUGGUCAUGUUCUUCUUCUUUGACUCGGUGCAGGUGGUCUUCACCAUCUGCACGGCAGUGCUCGCUACCAUCGCGUUCGCUUUCCUCCUCUUGCCAAUGUGCCAGUAUCUGACCAGACCCUGCUCCCCGCAGAACAAGAUUUCGUUCGGCUGCUGCGGUCGCUUCACUCUGGCCGAGCUGCUGUCCUUCUCGCUGUCGGUGCUGUUGGUGCUGAUCUGGGUGCUGACUGGACACUGGCUCCUCAUGGACGCGUUAGCCAUGGGCUUGUGUGUGGCCAUGAUAGCCUUUGUGCGACUACCCAGUCUCAAGGUGUCCUGCCUGUUGCUCUCAGGGCUGCUCAUCUACGACGUCUUCUGGGUGUUCUUCUCAGCCUACAUCUUCAACAGCAACGUGAUGGUCAAGGUGGCCACCCAGCCGGCUGAGAAUCCCAUCGACGUCCUGUCCAGGAAGCUGCACCUGGGGCCCGGAAUGGGCCGCGACGUGCCACGCCUCUCCUUACCCGGAAAACUGGUCUUUCCCAGCUCCACAGGAAGUCACUUCUCCAUGCUGGGAAUCGGAGACAUCGUGAUGCCCGGCCUGCUCUUGUGCUUUGUGCUGCGUUACGACAACUACAAGAAGCAAGCCAGCGGCGAGGCGGCGGGGCCCGGGAACGUGCCUGGGCGCAUGCAGCGAGUCUCCUAUUUCCACUGCACUCUCAUCGGAUACUUUGUGGGUCUGCUGACGGCCACCGUGGCUUCCAGGAUCCAUCGUGCUGCUCAGCCUGCUCUGCUCUACCUGGUGCCCUUCACCCUGCUGCCUCUGCUCACCAUGGCCUACCUGAAGGGGGAUUUGCGGCGCAUGUGGUCAGAACCUUUCCACACCAAACCCAGCUCCCGCUUCCUGGAGGUAUGAUGAGCCCAGCCAAUGAGUGACCAGCACCUGAGGGCAGGGGGCGGGGUUAGGGGACAGUGGAUCCCUCCCCUCCCCCUACUACCACGCCCAUUGUGGAUUGGGGGGGGGUCGUCACCAUGAGACCAUGUGGUCAUCACUCAUCAUGUUACAACACACAAACACACCUGUGUGUGUUCACUCGGGGUGGUCUCUUCCACUUUAUUUACAUCACUCCAAAUAAUAUGUCUAUGUAUAUAUACAUAAAUAUGUAUAUAAUGUGUGUAUAUAUAUAUAUAUAUAUAUAUAUA